AUUGAUUCAUCGCAAUCACAUGACAAACAUCGAAAAGAUCGAAAAGUGAAGUCACGGGAUCCGAAAAAUCACUUUUUCACUUCAUUUUUCUCAAUUUUCUCGUGAUUUUCUUUCGUGGCAGGCACAAUGAGGGCCUUCGUGAGUGCCUUAUUCCUUGUAUUUUGUGCAAAUGCAGCAGUGGGAUUCGAAGGAGUGCCUCUACUCCUCUGGGGCUCCUCGCAAGGGAAGGCCUUGAGUCCUCCUGCCCUCAAUUCCUUGGCCAGUGGUCACAUGUUGAGUGAGAAUCUACCAAAUACUCAGUACACGGUGGUUUUUGUGGGAGACAAACUCAGCCCUGAGGCCUUGAACGAAUGUGGUGAGAAGAAUUGCUUCCCCUAUCUCGAGAAUGUGGAGCAGAAAACUUAUUUUGCAAAUGUGGAAAAUCCCAUUGGACUCUUGGCCACAAUUGGGCAUGAGAGGAAGACUGAGUGGGUUGAUGCGGGCAGCAAGGUCACCCCUGAAGCUGGAAAGAUCACCUUUGUCACCCUUACUCCGGGAGAUUUCAGCACUCAGGACGCGGAAAUUGCACAAACAGUGAAGGACAUUGAAUUUGCUGGCUUCAAGAAUUCCGUCUUCAUCUACACGGCGAAGCACAAUGAGGUGGCUGAGGAUAACAUUGUGAAUCGCAGGAUUAAGAGGGAGGUCACCAAUAAGCAGGAUGAACCAACAGAGGAGCCAAUUAUCUUCUUCCGUGACAAUGAGACCUACAUCAUUUCCUAUACCGAAAUCUCUUAUGUUGCUGCUGGUGCAGCUGGUCCAGUUGUGCUUAAUUUCACAUCCGCAGCUGUAUCGCGCCUCAACGACACAGAGACAGGGAUUGCUCUGGAUCUCAUGGGAGAGGGUCCCAAGUUGAGCUUCCACAUUAUUAGCGAACAUGGACGCUGGUGGGUGGAGAGACUACUGUAUGAGGAGAAGGAAUACUAUCUCAAUACGUACAUUGGGACUCAUAUUGGCUUCUCAUUUGCCUGCACACCAACUUCCAUUUUCUUCUCACAAGAGGAAGUGUCUCCCAAUCAGUUCAACAAACUCCAAAUUACCCGUCUUCAGCUGGAGCCACGCUUCACGACGGACAACACAGAACCCUUUGUUGGUUUCAGUGAUCCCUGGGAUUGCGUUGGAUUCGUCAGUCCUGGCAUUCUUGGUGGGCUCUUUGUCACCAUCCUCUUGCUAGUCAUCCUGGCUGCAGGACUCUCCUGGAUCAUGGAGAUCCGCACCAUGGAUCGCUUCGAUGAUGUCAAGGGGAAGACAAUCACGAUCAACGUGAAUGAAUAAAAAAAAUCCAGGAAGGCUAGGAAUUUAAUUUCCUUCCUGAUUUUUUCAGCACAAGUUAUUAUUACUCCUUCAACUUGUUGCUAAUAGUAUUUUCCAAGAGGAAAUUGUUCAUGUAAAAAAAUGAGAAAUUAAAUAAAAUUAGUUCAGAAAAAAA